AUGGUCCAAGCUGACAGACUAGGAUCUGUGCACACCAAAACAACAAAACAUCAUCCAACGGCGACAAACACGACUCAAGCAGUGAUUCCCCAGGAUAGUGGACUCGAGGAAAGCAACGUCAUUGAACACCGAAGUCCAUACGGAGGCAAGAUGUCGGUAUCAGCUUACCUCGCCGCAUUCGGCAAGGCAUCGCCAGCCACGUAUGCCCUCGGCACCGGGCUCCUCGUUACAUCGUCACUGUUCUUUGGAAACAUCGGGCUGUCCCUCACCGGGCCCCUCCCAAUCAUCAGGGACCAGCUUGGCGCGUGCACCCUGAGCUCCAAGCAAAAGAUUAAAGUAUGGAGGCUCUUCUUCGACGAAGCCGCUAAACACAUCAUCGGCGGCACCUGCGUGACGGCGGCGCUCCACCUGGCAGCGUUCGCCUUGAGCGAUUCUCCCAUCCCCUGCAGGCUCUCCAUCAUGUCCGCGCUCUGCAGCAUCACCGUAUUGCCGUACACGCUGAUGGUUAUCAUGCCCACCAACGACCGCCUCAUCGCCCUGGACGACAAGGUGGCCCUGUCCGAGCUCGAUAGGAGAAAGGUUGGGUGGUUGAUUGAGAAGUGGGAUCGCCUGCACAAGGUCCGCUUCCUGAUGUACGGCAGCGCCUGGGCCUUGGGUCUUGCCGCAUUCACAUCAUCUUUGUGA